ACUCGGCGAUUAUUCUGCCACGCAUCACGAUAGGGAAAUCCCCCCUUUUGUUCAAAAAAAUGUGCACUUUUAAAAUCUAUUUGGCCCCUUAGCGAUUGUAGUUGACGUGACAGAUCACAUUACAGAAAUAUAUCAUCCCACUACUGCCUGGAUGUCAUUUUAGUCAAGAUCGAACUAACCAUUUUAUAAAUAUUAGAAAUGCUGAGACAAAGGGAUCAUACCCUGAGACCUCCUCUCCGAAUAACUGAAUUACUUCAAUUGACUCAUCUCCGUAUACCAUUAGAACACAUAACAUGGUCAAGAGUUACAAUGACUUCAGAUCAGUGGAUCUGCAUAAGACACUCUCUACUGGGUCCAAACUUGGAAGAUGUUACUGCAAUAACUAUUCUGAAUCCACAUCAUUCAAUGCCUCGAACUUGGAAAACAGUGGCAGAUUGUGCUCAAAUGAAUCCCACCAAACCUAUUAUAACUGUGAAGGCUGGUUCAACUUUCCAAAUAUAUGAUCUUAGAAGCCGUAAAUGCUUACACAGGUGUUCUUUGACGUAUUGUGUUCACUUUUGGACUUGGAUCAACUCAUCUACUAUAGUAAUUGUAUCAGAUACUUCAGUUUAUCAUUGGUAUUUGGACAGAGAAUGCCCAAUGCCAAUAAAAAUGUUCUGCCUGGAUACUAAGUUAAAAAACUCACAAUUAGUACGCUAUGUCUCAGAUUUUGACAUGAAAUGGUUUGCCCUCACAGGUUUAGUGGCUGACGACAACCAUGUUGUUGGUGUGACACAAAUAUUUUCUGUUGAGCGCAACAUAUGCCAAAAUAUUGAAGCACAUUGUGUUUGUUUCACUUCAUACCAAUUUAAGGGAAAUGCUCAGCCAUCUUGUGUUCUAGUUGCUGCAUCAAGAACUGCUGACUUACCAGGAAAGCUUCAUGUUGUAGAAUUAGGACCACAUUUGAGUGGAAACUUAGCUUAUACUUCCCAUACUGGUGUUAUUGAGUUUUCAAACGAAUGGUAUAGAUAUGAUUUUCCUUCUUCCAUACAAGUGAGCUCCAAGUUGGGUCUUGUUUAUAUAGUCACAAAAUAUGGUAUCUUGCAUUUAUGUGAUUUAGAAAGUUGUACUACUCUUUGUAGCAUAAAUAUUUGCACAGAUGUCAUUUUUGCCACUGCCUUUAACAAAGAAACUGAGGGUAUAAUUGCAAUAUCUAGAAAUGGACAGGUACUUUCUGUAGAUUUGAAGCGAGAACAAGUGCUGAAAUAUGUGUUAGAGACAACAAAAAGGUUUCAUAUUGUUGAGCGACUAUCCCAAGUUUUAAAAAAUGAAAAUUUUUAGUUUGUAACUUUUGCAAUUUUGACUACUAGAUUUUUCUAGUCAUUCAAACACAUUUUUUUAAAUCUUAAGUCUGUACCUUUUUGAAGAAAAAAAUAAUUUUUAUGAAUAUUUUUUUUAUUUUACUUUUUAACUUUUAUUUAGGAAAAAAAAGAUCUUUUAAGAAGGUUAUGGAAGCUCUUAGAGUUUUGAAUAAUGCAUAAAAAAGUUAAUUGCAAUUCUUGCUUUAAUCGAAAUGUAAAGGAAAAAGACUUGCUCAUUAUCUCUGAUAAACUGAUAAUUUUAGAAAACUAUGUUAAUAUUUAAUUACAAAAUUAAUAAUUUAUAUACAAAUAGUUCAGCAAUGAACAUUUUUAUUAUUAAUCUUUCUAGGAUUACAAAUUGGUUUCUAAACAAAAUGCACGAUCCAUAUUUUUGUCUUUAACAUGGAUGAUUUUGACUCUCUACUUGUUGAUUACUUUUUCUCUUUUAGCUUCUCAUUUACUUUAGCGCACACAUUCAUUUAUCUUCUAUUUCAUUGUCUCUCUUAAUGAAGCUUAUUUAUUAUGCUUUUUAUUGUUACUGUAAACAAUACAGAUUUCAUAUAUUUAUUUGACUAAGCUUUUUAUUUAUUAUUAUUUCAAUGUACAUCUAUUAGUGUUAAUUUAUUUUAAAGUGUAGUAGUAAUUUGUAAAUACAUACUGUUAUUAAAAUAUUUAUUUUUUUAUUGAUUUUCUUGCUAUAUAUUUUUGAAUAAAUGUUCUUUCCUAAAUACUAUUGUUUGAAAUUUUCUUUUUUUUAAUAAAAUUAAUAUUAAUCAACGAACUAAAUGCAAACCUGUAUCGGAAGCCCUUAGGCUUCAUUGUAACAGAUUAUCUUAACUAAUUCUUUUAUUUCUGGGAUGGCACUUUCUUUGUGCGACAGAAUGUGGGUUUUAAUUACUAAAGGACAUCAUCUGAUUUCUUUAACCAUAUUUUGAUUAUGACAUGUUUAAUACUGUGUUCCGUGAAAUGUUUUAUUAAGAGACUUUAAAUUAUUUUAGUAAAGUAUUGUCUCUGAAAUUAUUUUAUUAUUUCAAAUAGUAUAUUUUACACUCUCAGAUAAAGGUUUUUGAGUUUUGUAAUAAAGGCUGAUUUUAUGUUAAGAUAUUUGGGGUAUUUUCAUUAACAAUUCUUAUGAUUAAUAGAAUAAUAUUAAAACUGGUGAUAAAUUUUAAGAAAGGAAUUUUUAAUAAUCCAUAUGUUAUUAGAAAAAAAAUCAUUUAAUCAAAAACUUUAAAAAAAAUUAUUGAAAGACAUGAUUUAUUACAUUUCCAUGUUGCAAUCAAAAUGCCUCAUAUAUCUGUCAUACUUUUAUUCUGUGAUAACUCUAUUUUAAGAUACAAUUUAUAAAUGUCAAAACUUACUGAACAAACAUUUUUGUAACAUUAACUUUAAGUGUUAUGUUUGAGUAUGAAAAAUAAAGCAUUUUUAGAGCAAAAAAA